AUUUUUCUAUAAGAGUUUAUUUUUAGCGUUUCAACUUUGCGGGGAGGAGAAAAAAGUACGAAGUGGGAUCGGCCGGAAAUUCCACUUUCCACUCCCCCUCCGUCGUCACGAGUAUAUUUGUCCUAUUGUCACGAGAAACACCUCAGUUACACGCCACGGGGUUGAAAAGGUGGACGCAUUCGCUCGAUCCAUGUGCUUGGCCUCGACACCCCGACUUGCGUUAUGUCGCGAAAAAAGAAAAUCUCUUCACUUCGCGCACAUCGUUUAUAGUUAACCCGGAAAAUUAAUCUAGACAAUUAAAAAAAUAAUUAAAACCUUGUUAUGAUCUUAUAAUAUACCUUUUAAAGCGUUUCCGGACUCUCUUGACGCGAUUUUUUCUGCCCUCUAUGAUGACAUCACGCACGCGAAUGAUGUUUGAAACCAAUAUUUAUUAAUUAAAUUCAUAAAAUAAAUUUCUUUUGAUCAACGCUCGAUCAACGGUGAACUUCAGUGACUCUAUUAGUGUUCCUUCGUUUUCUUGUGAUUUAGGACUAUCAGAUUUAUCAAUGACAUCAAUAUUCGAUAAGAAUAAUUACAUUAGAGUGAAUGUAAAGUACGAACGCAGAGCAAGAGACAAAGUAAUCUUUUAUUACAUACACUUUGUUUCAUGACAAUGUGAAAUUCGCGUGACAUGUAGACUUUUAAAUAUUAUAUGGAAAUCAUUUUAUGAGAAUGCGUGUAAUUAAUUAAUUUCGUAAUGAAUAACGAACGAGAAACGCAAUUAAUGUAGAUAUUACGAUUAUCGCAAGGACAAAAGUGAGUAAUCGAUCGAUCGUUUCUUUAUUCGUUCGUCCUUUCGCAUAAACGAAAGUAAAAUUCUUUAUCUGAAAGGAAAAAACUUGGAAAAAAGAAACUUAAGAGGUGCAAAGAAUCAAUUUCAAGGAAAAAGAAAAGACCAUGUGGAAAUCGGAUAGACGGAUACAGAUACUAUAUGAUACACUUAGCUAUGAGUCGCACGUGCAAUAGUAUUAGUGAGCGCACACAAGAUAGAAUAAUAAGAUAUACCAAUAAAAAAUACCAAUAAUACCAAUAGAAAAAUUACUUAACGAGGGCCCGAGUGGGGAAACAAGACGGAGUUGCUAAGUGCCAUAUAUAGGCGUCGGUUCUGGAUACACAUCAGUCGUUCGGCAGAUCUCAUACAGUACAGAUACAUGUGCCACGUUAAAAGAAAACAAAUUCUUGUUGCCAAAGAGGUUUGUCAUACUUAAUAUCUGAAUGCUCAAGUGCAAUUCCACAGUGGCGAUUUUAUUCUACAACGGCCCUAGCAGCCUGAUUCUUGCCGUCUGUAGAUUUUUAUGAAUAGUCUUGGCCUCAGAUGGUACCACCUGCCGAAAGGAGAGCCACAGAACUGAAAGAAACCCGCGACUGAUGAGAACUGAACCUGCUUAGAACAAUCAAUACGACAAAGAUGUUUGUUACUAUAUUAUUAUUACUUGUCUUAAUUGGAUAUUUGACAUAUCAUUAUUACGUGCAAUAUGGACCAAAUGGACAAUUAAUCAAUAAAAUACCAGGACCAAUAGGUUAUCCAAUUAUUGGUAAUAUAUUGUUAUUCACUCGGAUAGAUUUACUAGUUCCCAUCUGGAAGGUUCACUUUAAUUUAAUUAAUCAGUAUUAUCCCCUUUUUAAAAUAUGGUUUUUCUUAAUAUCUAUUGUGGGUAUUCGUCAUCCCGAUGAUCUAGAGGUAAUACUGGGCAGUACAAAACAUAUCGAAAAGAGUAAAAUUUAUGACGUUUUAAAGUCUUGGUUCAACACGGGUCUUAUUGUCAGCAAAGGUUCAAAAUGGCAAUCACGACGAAAGAUAUUAACUCCCACAUUCCAUUUUAAUAUAUUACAGCAAUUUGCUGAGAUUUUAAUCGAAGAAGGCGAGAGGAUGUCAACAUCCUUAAAAAAUACAGGAGACACUAUUACAAAAGAUUUAAUACCGUUUAUUGGUGUACAUACGAUGAACGCAUUAUGUGAAACUGCAAUGGGAACUUCUUUGAAAGAAACGGAUUCAUUUCAUAUUCAGCAAUAUCGAAAAGCGUUUCACCAAUUAACUAAAAUUUGUUUGUAUAGGUUCUUCAGGCCUUGGUUGCAUAACGAAUGGAUAUUCUCAUUAACGCCGAAAGGUAGAGAACAAACAAAAAUUCUGAAGAUAUUGCAUGGAUUUACUGAGAAAAUUAUUGCAGAAAGAAAAAUUUAUCAUAAACACUAUGAACAACACAAGAAAAAUUUCAGUGAAAAUUCAGUCACAGUUGCAGAAACUACUGCAAUUAAAAAAAAAAGACUUGCUAUGUUGGAUCUUUUAAUAUCGGCAUCUCAAGAGGGUCUAUUAACUGAUUCCGAUAUUAGAGAAGAAGUUGAUGUCUUUAUAGCUGCGGGUUAUGAUACUACAACAUUAACUAUAUUCUAUACUUUAUCACUCCUGACCGAACAUAAAGAUAUCCAGGAUUGUGUCAGAAAAGAAGUCGAUGCUAUUAUGCAAGAGAAUCAAGGAAAACUUACUGUUCAAUCGUUACAAUAUCUACAAUAUUUAGAGAGAUGUAUAAAAGAAGCAUUACGUUUAUAUCCGAGUGGUUAUUUUAUAUCACGAGUUACUUCGGAAAAGGCACAGUUAAAAUCACAUUUAAUACCUGCCGGAACAAUAAUGUUUCUUAGUAUCUACGGUGUUCACAGAGAUCCUAAUUUUUGGCCAAAUCCAGAAAUAUUUGACCCAGAUAGAUUUUUGCCUGAGAAUAUCCAAAAUCGUCAUCCUUAUUCGUAUAUACCAUUCAGUGCUGGACCACGUAAUUGUAUCGCCCAACGAUUUGCUAUGUUGGAGAUAAAAGCAAUGGUAGCUCCUUUAAUUCACAAUUUUUAUUUGGAGCCUGUGGAUUACUUAAAAGAUCUACGAAUGGCAUUUGAUGGUACGUUGUGCCCUCCUCAUCCACAUUGUAUCAAAUUUAUUCCAAUUGAUAGAAAAUGCGUAUAAAUAUUUAAAAAGAAAUUUUGAAACCGACAAAUGUAUUAUUGUUAUAAAAUAAAGAAAAUUGUUAUGCUAUUACGUAUACAUUACUAAUCAAAAUAAAAAAUAUGCUUUUGUAAAUGUGUAUUAUAUAACCAGGGGAAUAAAAGACAAUAAUGAUAUA